CUAUCACUAUAUAAAGCUUUACCAGCAUCCUCUCCACAUCACUCACUCCUCCGCCUCUACAACAGCCAACAUGAUCACUAAGGUAGCCGUCCUUCUGGUGGUGGUUGUGGCGGCUGUCGCGCAGGACUAUGAUCGUUACGCCCCCCCAGCCUAUCAGUCAAGCGACGAACAGGAGGGCAUGCCAUACAACUUCCAGUACGGCGUCAAGGACGACUACUCCGGCAAUGACUUUGGCCAAACCGAACAGUCUGACGGAGACACUGUCUCAGGCUCCUACACCGUCCAGCUCCCAGACGGCCGCAAACAGAUCGUGAAUUACGUUGUUAAUGACGAUGAUGGAUAUCAGGCGGAGGUCAGGUAUGAGGGCGAGGCCCAGUACCCCCAAGAGUACGGUCCAGCAAUCACCUUCAAGCCCCAGUACCAGCCCUCAUACUAUCCACAACCUUCAUACCAGCCCCAGCCCUCAUACCAGCCCCAGCCCUCAUACCAGCCCCAACCCUCAUACAAGCCCCAGCCCUCAUACAAGCCCCAAUCCUCAUACAAGCCCCAACCCUCAUACAAGCCCCAGCCUUCAUACAAGCCUCAGCCCUCAUACUACCCUAAACCUUCAUACAAGCCCCAGCCCUCAUACCCUCAGCCCUCAUACCCCUAA